AUGGCAACAAAAUCAGACUUUGCGCAGAAACUGCUACACGAUCUCCGGAGGCGGAAAGAACGGAUGGCUGCAUCUCAAAGCUCAAGUAGUUCAAACACAAUGUCCAGAGAUGCACAUGGAAACCCUGGGCAAACCUACAGAGGAUCCCAAAAGAUAAAAGCACCUGAAUCUGUUGGUUCCAAAACUGUGACCUCUCAGAGAAGGCAGAAUGGAGGGAAUCGGGUACUGACACUUGAAGAAUCUUCACAACAGAUUGUUCCUUAUGGAAGAGGCCGAAACUCAGAACAACUAGGAGACCUGUCCAUGGCCCUCACUUUUGCACUUCAGAAUGGAGGAAAACUCAGUAAAUUGGAUUCUUCAGGCAAUGACUCAAUGCUAGGUUUCCUCCGUCAUAUUGGUAGGAAAUCACUGGACAUCGUGAAGAUACAACGAAGAAGCAGUUUUGACAAGCACCGCCCACCAACUAUCCAGUUCCCUACAAUCUCUCAUCUUCAUAUCAAAGAUAUAUCAAGAGGGGUACAGAACUUAAACCAGAUUCUAAGAGCCUGUUCCAAUGGCCUCAACUUUGAUGGGUAUUCCAUAGAAAUUGGGAAGGAACUGUUGAAAGGGGCAAUGGAUUUGGAAGAGUCCCUGAGAGUGCUUGCCAACCUGCAGGAAGCUUCAGAGUACAUGAUCAGCCCUCAGAGAAAAAGUCGAAUCAGAUUACUCGAGGAGGAUGAGGAGGAUGAAGAUAACACUGGUAAAAUAGUUGAACAGAAACAACUGGACCUGCCAAGGUUCUCCUUUGAUAAGCCCUCCAGGAAUUCUCAUGGCAACAAAGAGGUUGUGAGGACCGAUCGCAAGCAGAGGCUGUUGGCCUUGACGUAUGCAACUGAAGCUGCAACUCAACCCAAGAAGCAAGCUCCAACUACCUCAAAUUUGAUGCCUCAUAGGAGGUCCGCCAGUUGUGGCACGGAUUUCAAAUCUCUUUCGCCAUUCCAAGAAACAAGAAAUCACUCCAGUUCGUUCCACUCCACACAAGAAAAGGGGAGAACGGCAAAUGUAAUUGCAAAGUUAAUGGGCUUGGAAGAACCUCCUGAGAAGGUAGAUUCACAGAUCAAAGAAAAAGAAUCAAGCUUGCAGCAGAAAGGAAUGGUAAUGCAGAAGACUGAACAUGCAAGAACCAAGAAUGUUACACCAAAGAUCAAAAAUGUCGAGAAUCAAGCUCCCCACACCAUUAAAGAAAAGUUGAUACAAGCCAACAAAAUACCACCAAAUCGAGUUACUACAUUUACACAGAGACCUGAAAAAAUCCAGGAGACCACGAAUGCCUACACUGACAUGAUGUUACCUAAUGGCAAACCACAAAGGCGGGACUUGGAAAAAGCAUAUGGAAUAGAUGCAGUGUCAGGCUCAACAAAGACUGCCACUUCCAUAAAUAUCAAACAAAGCAGCAUUAUCCAAUUGAAUCACCUUCCUGGAAGCCACUGGAAUAUACAGGAGAACGAAAGAGGGCUCAAUAAUCCAAUGCAAAAGGAACAGAAAAGCACAGAAAAGGGUCAGACCAGGGAACCAGUCUUGAAGGAUGAGCGGCAGCAGAGAGCAGCACAGAAGCAUAGAAGUCCAGACAUUCCAGACAUACUGCAAGAAAAUGCUGAGAACAAUGAAAUUGCAAUUCAAGUGGAAAAGCAAAAUGCAAACAGGCUUCUUCCAAGCAAUCAACAGAAGCCCCGGGACAACUAUGGAUUGCAUCAGCUGCACAUGCUCCAAAAUAUAGAGCAUCAACAGGAAAAACACCAUGUUGAAAAAAGAAAGCAGACUGCCAAAGAGAAGAUGCAGCCCAGAAAACUUAAAGGAAGUCAAGCAGAACCCAAGGUUUCAUUGAAACCCACAUAUGGUUCAAGAAGUUUACAAAAGAAGCAGGCAGUUACGUGCCAAACAACACCUAGUAAGAUAAGUUCUAUGCAACCUACUGGUGCAAAUUCAGCUAAAGAGUUGCCAAAUAGCAAACACAAUGAAGAUCUUGCCAGAGAUGAAAGUUCAACCAACUCCAUAGCCAACCCGAAAAAGUCCAAGAAUGGAAAGUCAGAUCAGAAAGCAACUUUAAGUGGUGGAGUGCCAUCACCUAUACAAGAGAAUCCUGUGCAUGUCCCAGCCACAUGGAAGAAGGUAGAUUAUAUGCAAGUGCAAAGAAGUGAGACUCCUAAAAAGAUAGCUGGAGUAAUGACAAGACAAAAUGGAACUCUGCGUAACACGGCAAAACCAUUGAAGCGUCAAAUUUCCAUUUUGCAAGAGAUGAAACAGACAAGGCAUGACAAAACUAGCAGUUCCAGAGGAGAAGAAAAAUUCAGUGCCAAUUGGUCCAAAGAAGCAGAAGUGGGCAUCAUUGGAUCCAACAAAUCACAACCAACAAUGCAACCACUGAAUGGGGUACAACAAUUGCACAACGAAGCCGAAAAGACCACUACUUUGUACAGUUCUGUUGGAGACCCUAAAGUUCCACAAGCCCUAAUUUCAAGUGACAGUGUAAGUGCACCUUAUCAAAACUUAUGA